AUGACUAUUUUUCAUAGAUAGUUAACGAUAUAUAUGAACUUAGAAGUACAAUUAAUUAUUUGGAAAUUAUAAAGAAUCAUCAAUUUGAAAAUCUCACUUAAACACCAUUAUAGUUAGAAAUAUUUGUUUUAAAAUUGCCCACAUUACGAACAGCAUUCAAAGAUAUAUAUUUUAAAGAAUAACCAAAAAAUAUCCUAUUCAAGGUCUAAGCAGAAAUAUUCAAUCGAUAUUCAUAAUCGCUUAAUGUUCCAUCUUUAAUGUAAAUAUAAAUAGAUCCUGAAAUUGAAGGUGUUGAGAAAAUGUUAUAAGUAUUGGAUUAAUAAAACUUUUUUUUUAAAAAUGUCAUACUUCAAUUUACUAAGUGGUGAUGUUAGAGGAAUUCAAAUGGAUGAUGAAAUAUUCUCUAGAAAAAAUGAAUCAACUAUUGUGAUUGAUGCAUUGAAGGCUAAUAAUUUGACAAUAUAUUUGAUAAUUGAAACAUAUUUGGGUGAAUUAAACAUAAAGUAUGCUAAAUACCUUAAAGAUAAGAUAAAAUCAUAUGGAGGUCAACGCUAACUGUGA